AUGGCUUCUGGUGUGGUGGACGUUUCGUCGUCUACUGGCUCGUUUCAAACAGCGCCGACCAGCUUGGCCGGGCCCUCACCCGGCUCAGGCUCAGGCCCAGGCUCAGGCCCGGGGCCAGGCCCAGGCCCAGGCGCCUCUACGUCGUCCCUCCCCAGCAUCUACCAAUACUACCACACCUACCAUACAAGGUCGUUCAUCGACUCCAUCUCGUCUCCCGAGAGCGUGACUGGACUCGACGAGCUCCACAACCACCUGCGGACGGUCUCGAACCCGUUCGACGUGCUCUACACGCCUGGACGAAGACCGGUGUCUGCGUACGUGGACCCCUACGCACACUACGCCCACAAUCCCGCCCAGCUCCACCAAAUGGCACACAAUCCAGCCCAGCUCCAUCACCCCCACAAUCCCGCCCAGCUCCAUCACAUCGCCAGCCCGCCCCCAGUCAUAACCGUGAUCGACCAACCAGUCAGACGUUCAGGCUCGGUGAUCUCCAACUCGGCCACGUUGCGCAACCGCAAUCGCAUCAAAAAGCGCAACCAAGCGUUCUUGAGGUCUCCCACCUCCGACAUCGACACCAUCACCACCGCCAGCACCGGGCCCAAAGAGUCCAGUUUGCGCGACAAAAUCAGGUUCAUGUUCCCGGUGCACCGCAAAAAGUCGUUGCGGUACUCGUCAGUGCGGAAGCAGCACGCGAACUUCCACACCAAAGACCAGCUCCAGGCAUUCUUGACAUCCUCCAACGCCGAGUCGUUGAUCAAGGACUUGUUGCCCCGCCAGACCAGCUUCUUCCACUACGACUCCAUCCUUCCACCGUCCCCCACCAUCAAAUCGGUCAGGAAAAAUAUCCACAUCGUCAACCAAGGCAGAUCGUUUUCCAUCCACCCAGCAUUAGCCUCCCAGGCACCUCUCACCGCAAAAAAUUCCCAGAAGGCACCACCCAGAGCAAAACACGCAAGAGCCUACAGCUCCAUCCCGCUUCCAGACAUUAUCUACCAAAAGUACAAGACCGCGGUAUUCGCCAACAAACAUACGGUUCCUCCCAAGUUCGAGCUACUCUUCCCCAACGACUUGCAUUUGUUGUCCACCAAUGACAUCAAGAAUAUCAACAGGAAGCUUCUUCUAGAAGUGUUGCUCCGCAGAACAUUGGCUGCGAAAAUCGAAUAUCGUUUGAAGCAGCACAACUACACAAUCCCAAGACUGGGAUCCACCAAGACCACGGGAACCGGCUCCACCUUCUCGUCGUCGUCUCCGUCCUACCCACAUAAACUGCAAGAAAAGGCCCCCAGCACCUCUUUCCACUCCCACAAACCAAGAACCGAAACAACCGCAACCUCCAAAACUUCAAGCAUGGAGUCUAUCAAUACCGAGAAGUUGAUGCAGCAAAACGCUUCCUUGUUCUCAGAGCUUCUUCCAUCUCCCCAAAUAAGCUACACCUCGGACAUAUUUGGCAGUAUCUACUUGAAAGACGAAAUCUCUCUUUCGUACGAUUCCAUCGAGGCUCCAGCCAAGAGAGAGGUACCAAGUAGAUCGAUUUUGAGAAAGGAACCACCAGCCGCACAACCCAGAAAAGCUCCAUCUACAAACAGAAUCAUAAGGUUGCCUUCUAACGAACUGUUGUAUAUCAAUGACUUCAACAAAGCCUACUACAACAGGUACAAAGCCAAGGACGACAGUGGGUUUGAACAGUCCUUGUUCUCGUCAAACGUUUACCAAUUAAGACCCAUGCAGAGAUCGGUGGCCACCAUUUCAUCUUCAGAAAAAUCAGUAGAUGCUCGUCAAAACAGCUCGUUAAUCUCACCGUUGAAUAUUUCUUCCACCGAAGAUUUGGCCUCGACCAGCCAUCGGAAAAAGCCCAGUUUAUCCUCCUCUGCAAAAUCGAAAAGACAUAGCUUACCUUCCGAGGGCAGCAAAAGAAAAUCGCAAUCAACCACCAAUACUUCGAUAUUUCAAAACCUUGACGACUUGUCCAGUGAUCUAUCCUCAUUCAUCGACGAUAUUCCAAGGAACAAAGCAGGGAAUGCUCCAAAGGGACCUCCUCCACUGUCUCCCUUUGAAGAUACUCUGUUUGAUUCCCAACUAAAAAGACACUCGCUAUCAUCACUAGACAAGCUCACCUAUCCCAAAUCUAGCCUGAGAUUGGUCCAUAAGGACCAUUCGUCAAGUCAAACCAUUCUUGAGUCGAUUAACAGAUCCGCUCAAUACUCACCAAUUAAGCUCGUGCCACAACCUGUAACACACGAGUCUAUCGAGAAGCAGAAUCCUGCAAUUGAUAUCCUUUCCCUCAAGGGUUCCAUAUCGAUGGUUGGUUCCAAUUGUCCCACCGAGUCCGCUUCCGUAUCCACUAGCCCUGAAAUAAGACGGAAGUCACGGUCCAUCUCAAGAGAUAGAACACAUGGACAAAUUAUACACGAGUGA